CGUCGUCUGACAGCUGUCAUUUUGACAACAGAAAGCAGCCGGUCGAUUGCGCGCGGACGCGGUAAAAUAACCAAACGGCGAAAUGAGAUGGUUUUUCUGAAGAGUAUAUUAUUUUAUUGAAUGCAAAAGAAUACAUUUGAGUUGUUCAAACAUGGCUGAAGAAAAUCAUUACAGCGAUAUCAAUAUAUCGGACGUCGUUGAAGAUACGGAGCACUAUAUUGAUUCGGAACAAGCCAACACAGAAAUUAUGGAAUUUGAUACCGAAACACACACAGAAAUGGAUUCAGAGGUAAUAAAUAGUGAGGAACAGAAUGUUGGGGAGAAGAAACCUCACAACCAAACGCCCAAAAGUGAGACCGUAAAGAGUACACGCCUCCCAAUAGCGAGGAUACGAAACAUCAUGAAAAUGGAUCCUGACGUAAAUAUUGUACAUCAGGACGCGGUGUUUUUAGUGACUAAAGCUACAGAAAUGUUCCUAGAAACAAUGGCAAAGGAGAUCUUCUCAUAUCUGCCCAAGAACAAAAAGACUAUCAACAAGAAAGAACUGGAUUUAGUUAUUAAUAAAGUAGAUUGUUUGUGCUUUUUAGAGGGUGCUAUGGACUUCUAAAUAAAAGGUUUAUUUAAAUUAUAUUGAAAAUGGUAGGAGUUAUUGUCAAUUUAGGCAACACCAGUUUUCCCUGAAACCCCAUUUACACAUCAUGACUGUGUAUGUUGGAAUGCCACUAUUUGUGCCAGUUGAAGAUCGAAUGAUAAAUGGAAUGAUGUUGUCCGAGAUCUAUUUCGUAGUUUCUGACUUUUAAAUAAUGCAA